CCCCUUCCCUCGAUCGGAGCUCGGCGGAGACUCUCGAGGUGCGCAGACCCCCUCCGCUUGACGCUCGCCCUGGCCGGUUUGAAGGGGUGUGGCAGGAGGUUUUGGACUCGAUGAGUUUCCACCGAAAUGUCGGAGAAGUCAGGCCAGAGCACAAAAGCAAAGGAUGGGAAAAAGUAUGCAACACUCAGUUUAUUUAAUACUUACAAGGGUAAAUCCUUAGAAACUCAGAAAACCACAGCUCGACAUGGAUUACAGAGUCUUGGAAAAGUUGGUAUUUCACGGCGUAUGCCUCCACCUGCUAACCUCCCAAGUCUCAAAGCGGAAAACAAAGGCAAUGACCCUAAUGUGAACAUUGUACCUAAAGAUGGCACAGGAUGGGCAUCCAAACAAGAGCAGCAUGAAGAGGAAAAAGCACCAGAAGUUCCACCAGCACAACCAAAACCUGGGGUUGCAGCUCCCCCAGAAGUAGCACCUGCUCCCAAAUCUUGGGCCAGUAACAAGCAAGGUGGGCAAGGAGAUGGAAUGCAGGUGAAUAGUCAUUUUCAGCAAGAAUUUCCCAGCCUGCAGGCAGCUGGGGAUCAGGAAAAAAAAGAAAAAGAAACAAGUGAUGACAAUUACGGACCUGGACCCAGUUUACGCCCACCAAAUGUUGCUUGUUGGAGAGAUGGUGGUAAGUCUGCUGGCUCACCUUUGACAUCUGACCAAGAUGAAAAGCUCUCUGCCCAGGAUGAAAGCAUGGCUGGAACAUCAGAACAGAAUGAUAUCCUCAAAGUGGUGGAAAAGAGGAUAGCUUGUGGUCCUCCACAGACUAAACUGAAUGGACAGCAGCCUGCUCUUGCUUCCCAGUACAGAGCUAUGAUGCCUCCUUAUAUGUUUCAGCAGUAUCCGAGGAUGGCGUAUCCUCCUCUUCAUGGUCCCAUGAGGUUUCCACCUUCUUUAUCUGAAACAAACAAAGGCCUUCGAGGAAGGGGUCCACCACCUUCAUGGGCCUCUGAGCCUGAACGCCCCUCCAUCCUUAGUGCAUCAGAACUGAAGGAGCUUGAUAAAUUUGAUAACCUAGAUGCUGAAGCUGAUGAAGGUUGGGCAGGUGCUCAGAUGGAAGUAGAUUAUACAGAACAGCUGAAUUUCAGUGAUGAUGAUGAGCAAGGAAGUGGUAGUCCUAAGGAAAGCAACAGUGAGGAUCAAGGUUCAAAAGCUUCUGAAAACACUGAAAACCGAAAAGAAGCAGAUGAAGCUUGCAAUGCUAAGUCAUCUUCUCAGACACCUGCUCAACCAUCGGUAUCCAAAGGUCCCUAUGGGAAGGGACCUCCAUUUAAUCAGGAACGUGGACCAUCUUCACACCUGCCCCCACCUCCAAAAUUGCUUGCACAGCAGCAUCCUCCUCCAGAGCGGCAGGCAGCACCUGGAAGACCAGGCCCUUUCCCCGCCAAGCAGCAAGUACCGGAUGAAGAUGAAAUUUGGAAGCAGAGACGAAGACAGCAAUCAGAACUUUCUGCGGCCGUGGAACGCGCACGGAAACGGCGUGAAGAGGAAGAGCGAAGAAUGGAAGAACAAAGGAAGGCAGCGUGUGCGGAGAAACUGAAACGAUUGGAUGAAAAGCUUGGCAUAGUGGACAAACAACCGUCUCCAGAAGAGAUUAGAGAAAGGGAGCGAGAAAAAGAACGGGAGCGUGAGAAAGAACUUGAGCGAGAACAGGAACGGGAGCGAGAGAAGGAGAGGGAGAAAGAAAGGGAGAGGCAACAGGAGAAGGAGAAAGAACUGGAGAGGGAGCAGGAAAAACAGAGAGAACUGGAAAAGGAAAGGAAGCAAGAAAAAGAGAAAGAACUAGAAAGACAGCAGGAAAAGGAAAAAGAACUGCAGAAGAUCAAGGAACAGGAAAAGGAAUGUGAAUUGGAGAAGAAAGAAAGGGAAAAAGUGGAGGAAAAAACUGAACACAAAGAACCCACUUUAGAACCUGUGAUAGAAAAACCAGAAAGUGAGACCAACUGUAAUAAAGAGGAUGAUGCAGUUUUCACUCGACAAGAUAGCAGUCGCGGUGAGAAAGAGACCGCGCAAGUGGCACAUGAAACAGAGCCAGAAUCGGGCUCUCAGCCUCGACCUGCUGUGUUAUCUGGUUAUUUUAAACAGUUUCAGAAGUCUUUACCACCUCGAUUUCAGCGGCAGCAGGAGCAGAUGAAGCAGCAGCAGUGGCAGCAGCAGCAGCAGCAAGGUGUGCUCCCGCAGCCGGUGCCUUCACAGCCAUCCAGCGGCGCCGUCCCUCCUCCGCCACACAGACCUCUCUACCAGCCCAUGCAGCCUCACCCUCAGCACCUGGCUUCUAUGGGUUUUGACCCCAGGUGGCUCAUGAUGCAGUCGUACAUGGAUCCUCGGAUGAUGUCAGGUAGACCCGCCAUGGACAUCCCGCCCAUUCAUCCUGGAAUGAUUCCUCCUAAGCCGUUAAUGAGAAGAGAACAGAUGGAAGGAUCAGCGAACAGUUCGGAGUCAUUUGAGCACAUAGCACGAUCUGCAAGAGAUCACGCAGUCUCCCUGUCUGAACCUCGUGUUAUGUGGGGGUCGGAUCCCUAUCCUCAUACCGAGCCUCCGCAGGCCACUACUCCCAAGGCAACAGAAGAACCUGAGGAUGCAAGGUCUGAAGCCCCACGGGAUCAGGAACAGGUUACUGCUGCUUAUCCUGUAGAACAUAGUCAAUUAGAGGUUCAUCCAAAAGCAGACUUUGUCAGAGAAUCCAGUGAGACAGAAGCACAAAAGUUCUUAAGCAGAUCUGUGGAAGACGUUAGACCUCGUCAUACUGACACAAACAAUCCGUCUGCUUGCUUUGAUAUACCUGAUCAAAAAACUAUAGGCACUCCUCAAGAAGAGCGAAUUUCGGCUGGAGAAAGCCUGCCUGCCCGGAAAAGAAGUGUUUCCCAUGGAUCUAACCAUACCCCAAAAUCAGAGGAGCAAAGAAAUGACCCAUCUGCAAGCAUUCCUAAAGUAACCAGCAGAUGCCUUGAUUCAAAGGAACCGGCAGAAAGGACAGAGGAAAAACCAAAGAAGGAUGGCUUUAUACGAUCUUCAGAGGGACCAAAACCUGAAAAACUAUAUAAAUCUAAAUCAGAAACUCGUUGGGGCCCAAGGCCAAGCUCCAACAGAAGAGAAGAAGGUAACGAUAGGCCUGUGAGAAGAUCAGGUCCCAUUAAAAAACCUAUACUUAGGGAUAUGAAAGAGGAGCGAGAGCAGCGGAAGGAGAAAGAAGGGGAAAAGGGAGAAAAGGUCACUGAAAAAGUUGUGAAACCUGAAAAGACUGAAAAGAAAGAUCCUCUUCCUGCAGCCCCACCGCCUGCGGCACCAGCUCGGCCACAGCCGGUUCCACCAGCACCUCAACCAGAGCUGGAGAAACUGCCUUCGGCAGAAGCUUCAGCUGUGGUUCAAAAGCCACCUCAGGAUGCUGAGAAGCCCUCGGAACCUGUCAGCAGUGUUGAGGUAGAGCCUGUGGCUAAAACUGUAAACCAGCCAACUGUCCCAGCACCAGCCGUCAAAGAAGAAAAACAGCCUGAGAAACUUGGUAGCAAAGACCUUGUUUUAGAGCGGCCUCGACCGGAUUCCAGACCCGCAGUUAAAAAAGAAUCCACUUUACCCCCUAGGACCUAUUGGAAGGAAGCUAGAGAUAGAGAUUGGUUUCCAGAUCAAGGAUACAGAGGUCGAGGCCGGGGUGAAUACUAUUCCAGAGGCCGAAGCUAUAGAGGUUCUUAUGGAGGGCGUGGCCGGGGUGGGAGAGGCCACGCUCGAGAUUAUCCUCAGUAUAGAGACAAUAAGCCACGGACAGAACAUGUGCCCUCAGGACCUCUUCGACAGAGAGAAGAAAGUGAAACGCGAAGUGAGAGCUCUGAUUUUGAAGUUGUUCCUAAAAGACGACGACAGCGGGGUUCGGAGACUGACACAGACAGUGAGAUUCAUGAAAGUGCAAGCGAUAAGGAUAGUUUAAGCAAAGGUAAACUUCCCAAAAGAGAGGAGCGGUCUGAAAACAAAAAGCCUAUAAAGCCUCAGUCUUCUUUCAAGCCUGAAAAUCACAUCCGAGUAGAUAACAGACCUCUAGAAAAGCCUUACGUGAGGGAUGAUGAUAAAUCUAAACCAGGCUUCCUUCCCAAAGGAGAGCCCACACGGCGAGGCAGAGGGGGGACGUUCCGACGCGGUGGAAGGGAUCCUGGAGGCCGGCCGUCUCGCCCUUCCACCUUACGGAGACCCGCUUAUAGGGAUAAUCAGUGGAACCCAAGGCAGGCAGAAGCUCCUAAACCAGAUGACGGAGAGCCACCAAGAAGACAUGAGCAGUUUAUUCCUAUACCAGCAGAUAAACGACCUCCAAAAUUUGAGCGAAAAUUUGAUCCAGCUAGAGAAAGACCCCGACGACAGCGUCCUACCCGACCUCCGAGGCAGGAUAAGCCACCUCGAUUUAGACGUCUGAGAGAGAGAGAGGCUGCUUCCAAAACCAACGAGGUAGCAGUGCCCACGAAUGGCACCGUUAAUAAUGUGGUUCAAGAACCAGUUAACCCUGCUGGGGAUAUUUCUGGGAACAAGACACCAGACUUAUCUAACCAGAACUCUUCAGAUCAGGCAAAUGAAGAAUGGGAAACAGCUUCUGAAAGCAGUGAUUUCAAUGAGAGGCGUGAGAGAGAUGAGAAAAAAAAUGCUGAUUUGAAUGCACAAGCAGUUACAAAGGCUGGAGAGAAUGUUUUACCUCCAAAAAGGGAAAUAGCGAAGAGAAGUUUUUCUAGCCAGAGGCCUGGUGUAGAUCGCCAGAAUCGGCGUGGCAACAGUGGUCCACCCAAAUCCGGAAGGAAUUUCUCAGGUCCUAGAAAUGAACGGAGAAGUGGUCCACCAUCAAAAAGUGGGAAACGAGGGCCAUUUGAUGACCAGUCUGCAGGCACAGCUGUUGUCGAUCCCGUCAAUGGCAGCUCUGCACACCAUCAGGAAGGAGCACCUAACGGUACAGGACAAAAGAACGCCAAAGAUUCCACAGGGAAAAAAAGAGAAGACCCCAAAUCAGGCCCUAAAAAACCCAAAGAAAAAGUAGAUGCGCUGUCACAGUUUGAUCUCAACAAUUAUGCAAGUGUCGUUAUAAUUGAUGACCAUCCUGAAGUAACAGUAGUUGAAGACCCCCAGUCAAAUUUGAAUGAUGACGGUUUUACUGAGGUGGUUUCCAAAAAACAACAAAAACGUUUACAGGAUGAAGAACGUCGAAAGAAGGAAGAACAAAUCAUACAGGUCUGGAACAAAAAGAAUGCAAAUGAGAAAGGAAGAAGUCAGACUUCGAAGCUUCCUCCACGGUUUGCCAAAAAGCAAGCUACAGGAACUCAGCAGGCCCUGGCCCCGGCUCCGGCCUCAGCCCCGGCCCCGGCCUCGGCCUCGGUCCCGGCCCCAGUCCUCACCUCGGCGUCAGCUCCUCUUCCGACCUCGGCCUCAACCCCGCUUCCGCCUUCCACCUCUGCUGCAGCCACAGUCUCUUCUUCAGCUCCAGCUCCAAACCCCGUCCUUACCUCAGCUUCAUCCCCAGCCUCUGUCCCCAUCCUUGCCUCAGCCUCAGUUCCCAUCCUCGCUUCAGCCCUAGCCCCAGCUUCAGCUUCAGCUCCUGCCCCUGCCGCCUCAGCCCCAGGAGCCCCCAUGCCAGCCGCCCCAGCCCCUGUUCCAACCCCGACCCCAGCCCCAGCCCCUACCCUAGUCGCUGCCCCAACUUCAGCCCCAGCCCUCGUCCCAGUCCCUGCCCCGGCCCCCAGUGCACCAGCCCAGACUCCGGGACAGACUCAUAAACCAGUACAGAGCCCACUACAGACUACAACCCAGUCUUCAAAACAGCCACCACCCUCGAUUAGACUACCCUCAGCUCAGACGCCCAACGGCACGGAUUAUGUAGCCACAGGAAAGUCCAUCCAGACCUCACAGUCACAUGGCACACUGACAACUGAAUUAUGGGAUAACAAGGUGGCCCCACCGGCUGUGCUGAAUGACAUCUCAAAGAAAUUGGGUCCCAUUAGUCCACCACAGCCACCAUCUGUCAGCGCGUGGAAUAAGCCCCUGACGUCAUUUGGAUCAGCUGCCUCGUCAGAGGGAACAAAAAAUGGUCAAGAAAGUGGAGUUGAAAUUGGAAUCGACACAAUUCAGUUUGGUGCUCCAGCUUCGAAUGGGAAUGAAAAUGAGAUUGUGCCUGUGCUCUCUGAAAAAACUACUGACAAGAUACCGGAACCUAAAGAACAGAGGCAGAAACAGCCACGGGCGGGCCCUAUCAAAGCCCAGAAGCUUCCAGAUUUGAGUCCGGUAGAAAAUAAAGAACAUAAACCAGGUCCUAUUGGAAAAGAACGUUCAUUAAAAAAUAGAAAAGUAAAAGAUGCCCAACAGGCGGAGCCAGAAGGACAAGAGAAACCAAGCCCCGCUGCGGUCAGAAGCACAGACCCGGUAACAACAAAGGAAAGCAAAGCAGUUGCGGAAAUGUCGACUGAAAUAGGAGCGAUGAUUUCAGUGUCGUCCACAGAGUACGGCGCUGACGUGAAGGAGUCUGUAACAGACUAUACUACACCUUCUUCUUCUCUGCCCAACACUGUGGCUACUAAUAAUGCAAAGAUGGAGGAUACUUUGGUUAAUAAUGUGCCCUUGCCCAACACCCUCCCCCUCCCUAAGAGGGAGACUAUACAACAGAGCGCCAGCCUAACCUCAGCUCCUCCCACUACUUUCAGCCUCACCUUCAAGAUGGAGUCUGCACGCAAGGCAUGGGAGAAUUCUCCAAAUGUGAGGGAGAAGGGCUCUCCAGUAACUUCCACAGCACCUCCAAUCGCCAGUGGAGUCAGCAGCAGCGCCGGUGGAGCAAGCGCUGCUAAUUACAGCUCGUUCUCCAGCGCGUCCGUGCCUCAGAUUCCUGUCGCUUCCGUCACUCCCACAACAUCACUGUCAGGAGCUGGUACAUAUACUACCUCUUCUUUGAGUACAAAAUCUACAACCACAUCAGAUCCUCCUAAUAUUUGUAAAGUGAAACCCCAGCAGUUACAGACAAGCAGCCUGCCUUCUGCAAGUCAUUUUUCACAGUUAAGCUGUAUGCCUUCCCUUAUUGCCCAGCAACAACAGAGCCCGCAGGUCUAUGUGUCUCAGUCUGCAGCAGCUCAAAUCCCUGCUUUCUACAUGGACACGAGUCAUUUAUUCAAUACCCAGCAUGCACGAUUGGCUCCACCAUCCUUGGCUCAGCAGCAAGGCUUCCAGCCAGGCCUCUCUCAGCCAACUUCGGUUCAGCAGAUCCCGAUCCCCAUUUAUGCGCCGCUGCAAGGACAGCAUCAGGCCCAGCUGAGCUUGGGAGCUGGCCCUGCUGUUUCCCAGGCUCAGGAGUUAUUCACGUCCUCACUUCAGCCGUACAGAUCUCAGCCAGCUUUCAUGCAAAGCAGUCUGUCCCAGCCAUCUGUGGUUCUUUCCGGUACUGCCAUCCACAACUUUCCAGCUGUCCAACACCAGGAACUUGCAAAGGCACAAUCAGGUCUUGCCUUUCAACAAACUUCAAAUACGCAGCCUAUUCCUAUAUUGUAUGAACAUCAGCUGGGUCAGGCAUCGGGACUAGGAGGUUCCCAGCUAAUUGAUACACAUCUUCUCCAGGCUAGAGCAAAUCUUACCCAGGCUUCAAAUCUUUAUUCUGGACAAGUACAACAGCCUGGUCAGACAAAUUUUUAUAACACUGCCCAGUCACCAAGUGCUCUCCAGCAGGUUACAGUACCUUUACCAGCGUCCCAGCUUUCAUUACCUAACUUCGGAUCUACGGGGCAGCCUUUAAUCGCUCUGCCUCAGGCUCUUCAGCCCCCACUGCAGCACACCACCCCACAAGCCCAGGCCCAGAGCCUGAGCCGUCCUGCCCAAGUAAGCCAGCCUUUCAGGGGGUUGAUCCCCGCUGGAACACAGCACAGCAUGAUCGCUGCCGCCGGAAAAAUGUCUGAAAUGGAACUGAAAGCCUUUGGAAGUGGCAUUGACAUAAAGCCAGGCACACCUCCAAUCAGCGGGAGAAGCACCACACCAACAUCUAGUCCCUUCCGGGCUACUUCCACAAGUCCGAACAGCCAGUCCAGCAAAAUGAGCAGCAUUGUCUAUCAGAAGCAGUUCCCGUCAGCCCCUGCCACUGUGAGAGUGACACAACCAUUUCCUACACAGUUUGCACCCCAGGCAAAGCAGAGAGCAGAGGUUCUUCAGUCCACGCAGCGGUUCUUCUCUGAACAACAGCAGAGCAAACAGAUAGGAGGCAAAGCCCCGAAAGUGGACAGUGAUUCAAGUAAACCUCCUGAAACACUGACCGACCCUCCUGGUGUCUGUCAGGAAAAAGUAGAAGAAAAGCCGCCCCCCGCACCCACCAUAGCCACCAAACCUGUUAGAACUGGACCAAUCAAACCUCAGGCGAUCAAAACGGAAGAAACAAAAUCUUAAAGGCUGUGGUUUAUGGCAGGGGGUUGGGGGAGGGGAAAGGGGAACGAGGGAGAAUGAAGUCGGAUAAUGCCAGCGGCCAGAGGGGUAAAAUGGCCUGUGCCGUUAUCCUGUCCAGAGCUGGGAGGUGCUCGGGGGACAUAGGAGCGGUUGACACUGACACAGCCGCCGCGC